AUAGCACAGAGAAACACAGCACAGAGACAGAUACCCAGCAUAGCACAGAGAAACUCAGCACAGAGACAGAUACCCAGCAUAGCACAGAGAAACACAGCACAGAGACAGAUACCCAGCAUAGCACAGAGAAACACAGCACAGAGACAGAUACCCAGCAUAGCACAGAGAAACACAGCACAGAGACAGAUACCCAGCAUAGCACAGAGAAACACAGCACAGUGGUUCAUGUCACUCAAAUCACCGGCCAUCAGAAAACACUAAUACACCAGACAGAGUCCCACAGACAAAAGUCCCACCUUGACAUCUCACAAAGCACAGAAACGUUUACGCAGAGAAACAGCACAGAGACACAAACGCAGAGCAGCACAGAGAAAUGGUGCACGGUGUUAGCCAACACAGGUAGAACAGGGAAAGAGAGCACAGGGUUAGCCAACACAGGGAUAUGUAAUCAACAUAGCAUGGAUAUACAACAUAUAGAUCUGCUGUCCACUCUGCACAGUGUAGAGAAACAUAAUUCACAAAUACACAGCAGUCACCUGGAGCAGGUAAGCCUUGCCAGCCAGAAUACGUGUAGUACCAACAGACAGGUGAAACACAACCAGCACAUUGUAGAGACACACUGCAUAGACACACACAACGCAACAGACACACACUGCAUAGACACACACAACGCAACAGACACACACUGCAUAGACACACACAACGCAACAGACACGCACUGCAUAGACACACACAACGCAACAGACACACACUGCAUAGACACACACAACGCAACAGACACACACUGCAUAGACACACACAACGCAACAGACACACACUGCAUAGACACACACAACGCAACAGACACACACUGCAUAGACACACACAACGCAACAGACACGCACUGCAUAGACACACACAACGCAACAGACACACAUUGCAGACUCACACACAACACAACAGACACACACUGUGAACUUAUUGCAGAGCCCAGUACUGACACACAGUGUACAGAAACACACACCACAGACACAAUCUGUAUGUACACACAACGCACAGAGAGGAGGAGUCCACCCACCACAGAGACAGAGAGUAGUCCACCCACCUCAGAGACAGAGAGUAGUCCACCCACCACAGAGAGGAGGAGUCCACCCACCACAGAGAGGAGGAGUCCACCCACCACAGAGGCAGAGAGGAGUAGUCCACCCACCACAGAGGCAGAGAGGAGUAGUCCACCCACCACAGAGGCAGAGAGGCCUAGUCCACCCACCACAGAGACAGAGAGGACUAGUCCACCCACCACAGAGGCAGAGAGGAGUAGUCCACCCACCACAGAGACAGAGAGGACUAGUCCACCCACCACAGUGAAAUACAACCCAGCACCACACAGUUUAGAAACCACAGGGAAGGUUCAUUCAGCCAGUCCAUGUGUGGGUAUCCCCAACGGACCUGUCACAAAGACCCAGCCUCAGUCCUUUCUCAGUGCUACAAAGACUCACGUUGAGGCAUGCGGAUCAUGUGCCCACUGCCAGGAAGAGCACAAGGUGUGUGUCACAACCAGAAACUCAGCAGAGCCACCUGAACCGUCGGGGACAGAGGAGACGGUGAAUGGGUUCUGUUCAAUCAUGUCGUCUGUGGAGGCUGGACAUCCUUUUGAGGUGGGACUUCCUGUAGAGGUGGGACUUCCUCCCUUGCUAGACACCCGUGGGCCCAUACCUCUUUCCAACAUCCUGUUACCUGAUCUGUCUCUCUCACCAUCGCAAAACAGGAAGGGGAUCAACCAAUUGGAAUCCCAGUUAGCCUCACCGGUCCCAGCUCCUGGGCUGGGCGUUGAAGGAAUGACAGAGAUACGAACACAGAGCGUUAGUUCACGACCACUGAAGAAGGAUGCCGUUCAAACCCAGGGCCUAAUCCCUGAGCUCCAGGACCAGAGGGGCUCCAGCACAGAGACACCCAGGGACAGUGAGCCCUCACCUGGGGAGAGUAUGAGGGAUGAGGGCUGGCUGGGGGAAGGUUACACCUCCGUAGAGCUCCAGCCUGCUUCUGCUCAUCCCCAGUCUGACGCUGUGGGGUGGAGUGAGGAAUGCCUGCCCACCCACCCACGCUCCCUCCCCCACAUAGACUGGCCGCCACUCUCUGACAGGUCAGGAUCAGAAGACUCAGAACACUCACAGCUGUUAUCAAAGACCUCGACUAGAGCGGACAGGACAGGACCAACCCAUUCCCUGUCCGGGGUGAGAGAGGAGGAGGAGGAGGAGGAGGACGACGAGGAAGAGGAGAAAGAAGAAGAUUGUCAUGUUUACAGUCAACAGGAACAGGCAGUAGAAAGCACAUCCUGCCCUGAAUCACCACAGCCAAACACUGUUAAAACAGCAGAGUUCUCUGACCAUACAGACACUGACUCUGACCACGUUGGGCUGUCAAGCACAGAGGAGACGGGGGAUGCUAUAUUCCCCUAUAGUCCUACAGGAGUCUUCGUAGAGAUCACUAGUGAUCUGUAUGUUGAUCUCUGCACACAGGGUGUUUCUAGUGACAUAGGCCCAGGGUCAAACCAACCUACAGAGACUGAGCCUCUUCAGGGAGACAGUACAGAACCACCUGCCUUAGAUCAGGAGACUGUACCACUGAGGACAAUAGAGAUAACUGUGGGAGCAGACUUUUCUGUUACCAUAGGAACAGACUCUCCUGUUAUCGUGGGAACAGACUCUCCUGUUAUCGUGGGAACAGACUCUCCUGUUAUCGUGGGAACAGACUCUCCUGUUACCGUGGGAACAGACUCUCCUGUUACCGUGGGAACAGACUCUCCUGUUAUUGUGGGAACAGACUCUCCUGUUACCGUGGGAACAGACUCUCCUGUUACCGUGGGAACAGACUCUCCUGUUAUUGUGGGAACAGACUCUCCUGUUACCGUGGGAACAGACUCUCCUGUGUGUAAAGAACAAGUCCAUAGCCGCCGGGAUCACCUAGAGAUCCACCACAGGAUCCCUGAGCCUCCCUCUCCCUGCCUUGUGCCACCCUCAAUCCUUUCUCUGUCCUCCCUCUCUGACUCCAACAACCACACCAAGGCCAGUGAAAGGUUGUGGUCAGGGUCUCUCUGUACGAGGGGCCAGGUGCCAGAGCAGUGGUCCUCUGAGGUAGAGAUAAAGGUAGCCCACCAGAGCAGGUCAAAGGAGUUUGGGGAUAAAACUGAUGGGGAGUCCCCUUCCCUGACCGAGCCCGCAACGUUAACCUCGAAAUUCCUGGGGGAGACCAAUGACACCCUGGACAGCGCUCUUGAAGACCCCCCUGAGGAUUCUGAGAAGUUCCUGUCCCUCGUGGACUACCACCCUUGCUGGUGCAGUGAUGACUCAGCCGUGUCCUGGCUGGAGGAUGAGUAUCCCUUCAGCCUGGCUGAGGUGGAAGAGCUGGAGAGGCUUCAGAGAGAGGGUUACAGAGACGCCCCUAAUCAGAACCAUACAGACUGGAGAGGAGACAUCUCUAACCAUACAGACACUACAGAGUGGAGAGGAGACAUCUCUAACCAUACAGACACUACAGACUGGAGAGGAGACAUCUCUAACCAUACAGACACUACAGACUGGAGAGGAGACAUCUCUAACCAUACAGACACUACAGGGUGUAGGGAGGCUAAUUGUGCUGCAAACAGUACAACAGGCCUCUCUGAACCCUUAUCUUCCUACCUGGAGACCAGAAGCCUGCUAUUGGACAGUGCUGAGAAGGAGAAAGGCCAGCAGCCCAUUCCCCACCAAUCCCCCAAGCCUCCCUGGGACAGAGACAGACAGGAGUGUAGCAACUCACCUGAGACUUUAGGAUUAGAGGACAGUUGGUUUACUGAGGAGGACAGCUCAUACAGAUCCUCCCUCCAGACCAGCUCUCACCCUACCCUCCUGCAGCAGGAUCGUGAGGUGAGGAUCGUGAGGUACCCCUAUCCCGGUGUCAGUCUCAACCUGCUCUCCCUUACUAGCCUCGAAACCAUCCUAGAGGCUGAUCCCGACCACUCCCUGGACAACUCUGGGACAGUGGAAGAUGAGACUGGGGAUGAGGAGGAAGAUAAGGAGUGGAGAAAGAUUGUUAGGAUAAGGCCCACUGAGGAGGACAGAGGCACCGUUCUUCUGUCUGGUGACAUCAUCAUAUCCUAUAUGCCCACUUUCAGCACGUCGUCGUGUCGCCCUGAGGACUUGUCCAGUAUCGAGUCGUCAGAGCACCAGCUGGUCUUGUCGACCAUUGACCCCGAUGACCCCAGGGUCAUGACCUUACCACACGACAGGGACGCCUCGGGCAGCGAGAGAUGCUCCAGUCCCACCCCCACCUCUGUGUCCUACGAUUUUGACACCACCAGCACUAACAGUGAGGAGACGGAAGAGUCCAUCCUGCCUGUCUCGGGGGGGAACGCCAAACUCCACAAACCCAUGAAGAGCAAGUCUAAAGGAGGCCGGGCGGGGAGCUCCAAGUUCUCAGUCUUCUCCAAGAUGCCUUCCUUCAGGAAGAAGAACAGUCUGAAGAACACCAAGGUGGACAGCUCGCCCCGGGACUCACCCGACCUGGGCCUGGGAAGGGAGCUGGGGGGAGACACCUCAGACAACGACAGUGUCUUUUUGACGGUCCAGCAGGCCUUCUCCUCUGGUCCGGUGGGUUGCUACGAGACAGAGGAGGAGGACUACAGCUUCUUCCCCUCCACACCUCGCACCCGCCACGUCCGCCUGCUCUCCAGGGAGGAGCCCAGCAGCCCAGACACCCCUCUGACCUCCCAGCCCGGAGGUCUCAGACACAACCAGACUGGGACCCCCGAGGGCCUGCACGGCUACAAGAGGAGCAAGAGCUCUGACAGCCUCAACCUCCGUAUGCGCUUUGCCCAGGCCCACAAGUCCCUAUCCAGCCUGUUUGAGUCUCGUUCCAUGGAUAAGGAGAACGAGGAGGAGCAGGGGAGCGUUGAGACAGGGAGUGAAGGGAAGAUGGGGCGGGCCAAACAGUCCUGGAGGAGGCUGAGGGCCAAAGAGGCUGAGCUGGUGAGGAGGACCCUGUCUGUCCCGGUCGGGGAUGGGGUCGAGGGAGAGGACGGUGGGGGUUUGAGGUCGCCCAGACAGAUCCACAGAGACUAUGCAUCCUGCUCGGCCUCAGGCUCAGUGCUCAGUGUCCCUGGGUCCCCCUCUUCUCUCAGGGCUCUGAAUCUCACCGACCACUUCACCAAGAAGGGCCUACAGGACAGUCAAAGAAGGUCCGGGGCCAACACCUCACAGGGCUGCAAGUUGGAUGGCGAGAGGAGGAAAGGGAAAGUCCCGCCCAAAGAUCUGUCAAUCAACUUCUCAGACUCCGGACCGCCGUACUCGCAAGACUCUGAGGCUCCGCCCGCAAAUGAAUCCAGCCCCCUGUCGCCCAUGAGCCCCGCCUCCCUGGCUGCAUUAGCCAAUCAGCUGUCCUGGUCCCCAGGGGGAGGCUAUGAGAACAAAGUGUCUAGCAUGGUAGCUACACCAGACACCCCAGUGAGACCCAUGAGCCCCAAGCCCCACAGCCCCAGACCUGCUGCCCAGCACAGGUCUAUCUGCUACCCCCCCACUGUCUCUGCCCGGGCCUCAGUCCUGUCCCUGCUCCUCAUGGGCCAGUCAGCCAGUGUUGAGGGCCUGUCUGACCCGCCAGAGAAGCCCAAGUCCCUGAAGCCCCGAGCUGGGCCGUUAGACUCCUCCUCCCUCAGUCCAUUGGAGGAAAGAGAAGUGGACAGUCUGCUUACACCCAUGUUCUUCAAACAGUUUGAGACCAGUCAGGAUGGAUGUAGACCCUGCAACCAGACAGGGGAAGAGGGAAGAGACUAUCAGAGCUGAAGACUCCUGGGCCUUCACCA